AAAGGUUUAACAACCAUGAUUUUGACACCUCGACUCGAGUGACAUGUGUCGGAGUUACAAUCCGGUACGAUAACGCAUUCAUGCUCUUCCCCAAGGACGUGGCUUUCUUUCUUCUUUCUACACAGUUGCGUUGAUUAUAUGUAGUAUAUAGAGUCAUAAAGUCAUGCAGAGGUAUCGAAGCUCUAAAGGAACCUUUAAAGUUUAAACAAACAGAUCAAAAAACCACUUCUUGAUACAAAGGAAGAUGUCAACUGAUGAAAACAGUACUAAUGAGCUCCACUUAGUGAUGUUUCCUUUUCUGGCUUAUGGUCACAUAAGUCCCUUUGUACAGCUCUCCAAUAAGUUAUCCUCUUAUUCUGGUAUCAGGAUUUCCUUCUUGGCUGCUUCCGCCAAUGUCCGGCGUAUAGAAACCAUGCUCAACCGCACCGCCGCCACUCAAAUCAUCCCUCUCACUCUCCCUCAUGUCGACGGCCUCCCUGAAGGGGUGGAGAACACCGCGGACACCUCCCCAGCCACCGUUGAACUCCUCAAAGUCGCCUUAGACCUCAUGCAACCCCAGAUCAAGAACUUACUUACACAUCUCAAACCUCAUAUCGUAAUCUUCGACUUUGCGCAAUCGUGGCUGCCACCAAUAGCGACUGAGCUCGGCAUCAAAUCCGUCUGUUUCUCGGUUUUUUUGGGGAUCGCCAUCGCGUUUGUCACCGCCUGUAUCGGCCGGAAUAUACCACCGACUAUAGAAGAAGUCAAGAAUCGUCCACCGGGGUUCCCGGGAACCAUCGGUCUCAGAACUUUUGAGGCUUCGGAUUUUCUUUACAUCUUCACGAGCUUCCAUGGCACACCAAGCGUAUUUGACCGUUUGAUAAAAUGCUUUAAUGGAUGCGACGCUAUACUCAUGAAGUCAUGUACAGAAAUGGAAGGACCAUACCUAGAUUAUAUAACCAAACAGGUCAACAAACCACUUCUUCUAAUCGGUCCGGUGGUUCCCGAGCCACAUUCCGGCGAACUGGACCGGACGUGGACCAACUGGUUGACCCACUUCCCGGCCAGAUCCGUAAUCUACUGCUCUUUCGGCAGUGAAACUUUUCUAACAGAUGAUCAGAUAACAGAAUUAGCUUUAGGGUUAGAACUCACCGGUCUUCCAUUCUUCCUGGUGUUGAAUUUUCCGGCGAAUCUCGACAGCUCUGUGGAACUGAGAAGAACCCUACCUCUUGGGUUCAUGGAGAGGGUGAAGGGUAAAGGGGUGGUGCAUUCAGGGUGGGUGCAACAACGACAUAUUCUUGCUCACGAAAGUGUUGGGUGCUAUGUCUGUCAUGCUGGUUUCAGCUCUGUUAUCGAAGCUCUGGUAAACGACUGUCAGUUGGUGAUGCUGCCAUUGAAGGGUGACCAGUUCAUGAACUCUAAGUUAAUGGCGAUGGAUUGGAAGGUAGGAGUUGAGGUAAAUAGGAGAGACGAAGAUGGGUAUUUUGAGAAAGAAGAUGUGUUGGAAGCUGUGAAGAGUGUUAUGAUAGAGACUGAAAAAGAACCAGCGAUAUCGAUAAGAGAAAAUCACAAGAAAUGGAAGUGUUUUUUGCAGAAUGAUGAGAUACAAAAUAAGUAUAUCACAGAUUUGGUUAGGGAUUUGAAGACGCUUUAGCAAUAGCACGACUAUAUAGUUUAUAGUCUGAAUUUAACCUCGUCUAUAUGCAUCUAAAUAAUGUUCUAUGCUUUUAGAUUAUGUAAAUAAAUGCAUAAAGGUUUCUAACAUGAGAGCAAUCAAAUAAAAUGUUCUAUUCAUAUUAUC